UUACAUUUGUUUUGGAAGCAUUUACAUCUGUGUCUUUGAUGUAUUGCACGAGAUGAGUAGUAUGUUGAAAUUAUUAAUUGUGGCUUUUUUCUUUGGUUCUUCGAAAUGUCAAACAGAUCUGGAGUAUUUGCAGCAAAUGUCAGAAUAUAUAGCCAAUUAUACAACUUACCAGCAACCAACAAAUAAUGCCGCAUUAGUGAAUACAAGUGAUUCUACAUUAUAUGAUUUUGGUACAUUUGAUUUCGUUAUUGUUGGUGGAGGUGUCGCUGGCUGCGUAUUAGCUAGCCGACUUUCUGAGAUUUCGAGCUGGAAAAUUUUGCUGAUAGAAGCAGGUGAUAGAGGAAAUAAUAUGACAGAUAUGCCUGCUAUGUUGGUAUACUCAAUAAACUCUAAAUACAACUGGGGCUAUAAGUCCACACCGCAAUCACAGUGUUGCCAGGGCAUGAGAAACCAUUCAUGUAACUUUCCCAGAGGAAGAGGUCUUGGUGGAUCCAGUUUGAUCAACGCUAUGCUUUACGUCCGUGGUAAUGCUGAUGAUUACAACCAAUGGGUUAAGCUUGGAAAUCCAAGUUGGUCAUACGGGGAAUGCUUACCUUAUUUUAAAAAAUCAGAAACGGCCGAUUUUCUUAACCCAGAUCUAACGUACCACGGAACUACUGGACCAGUUCACGUUAAUCAUACGGGUCCUUCUUCUGUAAUCAAUGACACCUACUUCCAAGCUGCUGCCUUCGAUAUGGGCUUAAACAUACUUGACUAUAACGGUAAAGAGCAGAUUGGCGUAGGUAAAAUGCAGUCCACUAUAAACUUUAACAAAAGAGCGUCAGCUGCAUCAGCGUAUGUUAACCCUAUUGAAGGAACUAGAAGUAACCUUAACGUGUCUCUUAAUUCAUUUGCUACAAAAAUUGUAAUAAAAGGAACAAAAGCUGUGGCCGUCGAAUUUAUAAAAGAUGGAAGAAGAUAUCUCGCUACGGCGUCAAAAGAAGUAUUAGUUACUGCAGGAGCCGUCAAUUCUGCUCAACUUUUGAUGUUAUCUGGCAUUGGCCCCAAAGCACAUUUAAGAAAUCGUGGUAUACCGGUAAUCAAGGAUUUACCUGUAGGAAAGCACUUUGUAGAUCACCCAGUAUUUGUAGGACUAAUAUUUACCACGAAACUUUCUCAGCCAGAGCUUUCUAUACCGGAACAGGUGCACGAAUAUCAAAGUGCUAAUACUCCUUUAACUAGAUGCUUUGGAGCUGAAAAUAUAGCUUUUGCAAAUGUCAACAAUGAUAGUACUACUGUUCCAGAUAUAGAAUUUAUAGCUUUUGCACCACCAAGAGGAGGUGAUGUACAAACAUUGUUUAAUUUCAAUGACAACAAUACUGCUGCUUACAACAAACUAAAUAUGGCAGGAAGUAUUCAUGUGAUGAUAAAUUUAGCACAUCCGAAAUCAACAGGAUCUGUUAAGUUACAAUCAAACAGUUCGCGAGAUUUCCCUUUAAUUAACUUAGGAUUUUACACAGACGACAACAAUACAGAUAUAAAUACCAUGUUGAAAGGCGUAAGGUAUGUUAUACAGUUAUUUACGGGGAAACAAUUUGGCAAUAUCGACUCCUACAUUUCCUACCAAGUUCCAGAAUGUCUAAAGUACGAAUUUAACUCGGAUGAUUAUUGGUAUUGCGCAAUUAGACAGUUGACAAUGAGCUACUUCCAUCCUAGUGGUACUACAAGAAUGGGUCGCUUAUGUAAAGAUUCUGUUGUUAAUGCUUCUUUAGUGGUUCAUGGAAUGGAUAAUUUAAGGGUUGUGGGAGAAGGUGCUAUACCACGUCAAGUAGCCGGACAUCUGUAUGGACCUGUAUUAAUGAUGGCAGAGAAAAUAUCAGAUCGGAUUAAACAAGAUCAUGGAGUUCUGUAAUGGAUAUAUUUAUAUUUAAAUAAAUUCGUAAUAAGAAAA